AUGGCCUCCCAGAUCCCCGAAUGGAAGCACAAAGCAGCCCAGAAACGAGAGGCUCAGCUCAACUCCAUUCCACAAGAAUGGCGCCUAUCAGAUCCCAAGCCACAACCAAAGAAUACAUACGAAUACCUCAAGACCUCCAACCUCCUCACUCCUCAAGAACUCGCCAUCACAGAAACGACCUCCGCUCGUGCUCUCCUCUCAGAUCUAGCUUCAGGCAAACUCUCCGCCGUAGCCGUGACAACCGCAUUCUGCAAACGAGCGGCCAUUGCCCAGCAACUGAUCAAAUGCUGUACGGAGAUGUUCUUCGACGAAGCUCUGACAACAGCUCGCGGAUUGGAUCAGUACCUCGCAGAUAACGGCAAGCCGAUCGGACCUCUGCAUGGACUGCCUGUAUCGAUGAAGGACAAUUUUAACAUCAAAGGUCAGGAUACGACGGUCGGAUGGGUGAGUGAGAUUGGCAAACCAGCUCAAGAGAGUGAUUUGCUGGUGAGAUGCUUGGAGAAGCAGGGAGCGGUGAUGUAUGUGAAGACGAACAUACCACAGUCUUUGAUGAUGUCCGACUCCUACAACCACGUCUUCAAACAAUCCCUCAACGCCUCCAACACCUCUCUAAUCUCCGGCGGCUCAUCAGGUGGCGAAGGCGCCCUUAUCGGCUGCCGCGGCUCUCUUAUUGGUUUCGGAACAGACAUAGGCGGCAGCGUUCGAAUCCCCGCCAACCUACAAGGCCUCUAUGGUCUCUCUCCCUCCGUUGGCCGCGUGCCGAUGGACAAAUCCGGGAUGAGGAGUUACAUCGUGCCGGCGGUAGCGGGCCCGCUUGCCCAGGAUUUGGAGAGUUUGGAGGUGGUGAUGGAGGCGAUGUUGGCGGCUGAGCCGUGGAGAUGGGACCCGGUCAUGAUUCCUGUUCCGUGGAGAAGAGAGCUGGCCGCUCUACCGGAGAGGAAGUUGCGGAUCGGGUUCUAUGUUGAUGACGGUGUUGUGAGAUGUCAACCGCCGAUCGAAGCGGCUGUUAAGAGAGCGGUGGAGGCUUUAAAGGUGGCUGGUCAUGAAGUCUUCGAAUGGGACACAUCCACCCACAAAUCCGGCUACUACGACCUCUGGCAGCGCGGUGUCCUCGCCGACGGCGGCCGCCGUUGUCGUCUACAGUGCGAAAAAAGCAACGAGCCGCUCGUGGAGGGAAUGCUCGUCGGUAAGCCCGAGGACGAAAUGAGCGUCGUCGAAGGCGAGGAGCACCACGCUCGCAUACGCACCUACCAGAAAUCCUACCUCGCUCUCUGGCAAGAGCAUGAUCUCGACGCACUAAUUUGUCCGGUGCAGCCGUAUGUUGGAUUCAGACCGAAGACGUGGGUGCAGUCAAGUCAGUACUGCGGGUACACUGCUCUCUGGAAUCUAUUGGACUUUGCGGCGUUGACUGUGCCGAUGGGUGUUGCUGAGCCGGAGAAGUUGGAUUUGAGCGAUUGGAAGAAGUAUGAGACGAGAGGUGUUAGUGAUGAGUUUAAUUGGAAGCAGUAUGACCCGGAACUGAUCGCUGGUAUGCCCAUCGAUGUGCAGAUUGUGGGAGGCAAGUUUGGGGAAGAGAAGGCCGUGGCCGUGGCGAAGGUGUUAGAAGAAGCUCUGAAGCUGGCACAAUAA